AUGAAAUAUUCGGCCAGCAAGGAAAAUUAUAUUAAAGCCAUUUUUCACCUGCAGCAGGAACAGGAAAGUGUGACCACCAAUGCGCUGGCAGAGGCUUUGCAGACCAGGCCGGCAUCGGUAACAGAUAUGCUGAAGAAAUUGCAGACCCAGCAGUUGCUGCAGUACGAAAAAUACCAUGGCGUAAAACUGAGUGCGGAAGGAAGAAAGCUGGCCAUGCAGAUCAUCCGCAAGCACCGUUUGUGGGAGUAUUUCCUGGUAGAGAAACUGCAGUUUGGGUGGGAGGAAGUGCACGAUAUAGCAGAAGAGCUGGAGCAUAUCAGCAGCAGGAAGCUGGUAGACCGGCUGGAUGCUUUCCUGGAUUUUCCGAAGACCGAUCCGCAUGGCGAUCCUAUUCCUGAUAUACAUGGCAAAAUGCCUGUAGUACAGCAAUUGGCGGUAUGCGAUAUGCCGGUCAGCAGCAGCGGCACCGUAAACGGUAUCAGUGAUCAGUCGGCCGAAAUGCUGGAAUUGCUGAAGCAUAAAAAUAUACAGAUGGGCACCCGCCUGGAAAUAAGAAAAAAAUUUGCGGUGGAUGGCUCUGUAGAGAUAAAAAUCCGGAACCAGCAACCGCUUAUGACAACAAAGGCAAAUAGUCAUGUAUCGCUGAGCGAGGUACAUGAAAGCAUUGAUACCACCCGCGGCGGCAGAAAGGGCAAGCGAAUAUUGGCAUUUUUAGGACCCGCUUACCUGGUAAGUGUAGGAUAUAUGGAUCCCGGCAACUGGGCGACCGACCUGGCAGGGGGCAGUAAAUUUGGUUAUUCACUUAUCUGGGUAUUGCUGAUGAGCAACCUGAUGGCCCUGCUGUUGCAGAAUCUUUCUUCAAGACUGGGUAUUGUUCGCGGGCGCGAUCUGGCGCAGGUAAACCGCGAAGUAUACCCGCGCUCAAUUAAUUUCAUUCUCUACCUGCUGGCAGAAACUGCCAUUGCAGCCUGUGACCUGGCGGAAGUGCUGGGUAUGGCCAUUGGUAUUCACCUGCUGACAGGCAUCCCCAUUCUAUGGGGCGUUUGUAUAACAGUGCUCGACACUUUUUUACUGUUUUACCUGCAAAGACUGGGCAUGCGCAAGAUGGAGGCAUUUAUUAUUACGCUGGUGGCCAUCAUCGGGCUGGCAUUCCUGAUAGAAAUGUUUUUUGCCAAACCUCCGCUGGGCGAGGUGCUCACCGGUUUUAUUCCCACCAUUCCCGGCAAGGAAGCACUGUAUAUUGCCAUUGGUAUCAUUGGUGCCACUGUGAUGCCCCAUAAUUUAUACCUGCAUUCUGCACUGGUGCAAACCCGUAAGAUUGCACGCGAUGAAGGAAGUAUACGCAGGGCUUUGCGCUUCAAUAUGUUUGAUACUACCAUUGCUCUCAACCUGGCUUUUUUUGUGAAUGCGGCUAUCCUAAUUCUUGCGGCGCGGGUAUUUUUUACGGCCGGUAUGCACGAUGUGGCCGAAAUCAAAGAUGCACACAGGCUGCUGGCACCCAUGCUGGGUACAGCGAUAGCGCCCGUAUUGUUUGCCAUUGCAUUGAUUGCAGCGGGGCAAAGCUCUACCGUGACAGGCACACUGGCCGGCCAGAUUGUAAUGGAAGGCUACCUGUUGCUGCGCAUCAAUCCAUUGCUGCGGCGUUUGCUGACGCGCCUGCUGGCCAUUGUGCCUGCAGUAGUCACCAUUGUUAUCUGGGGCGACAAUAAAAUUGAUGCACUGUUGAUAUUCAGCCAGGUAAUUCUGAGCCUGCAGCUGGGCUUUGCCAUCAUUCCGCUCAUACAUUUUGUAAGCGAGAAAGAAAAGAUGGGCGUGUUUGCCAUUAAGCCGCUUACACAGGUGUUGAGCUGGCUGGUAGCGGCGGUACUGGUAUACCUGAACCUGAAAAUGGUAUUUGGCGAAGGCAUCGAUUUUUUACACAAUGAACAUACCCUUUUGGCAAAAAUACUGGUGGUGGCAGGCCUGGUGGCAUUGGUUGUUUUGCUCGUUACUGUUAUCGCCAUACCGCUGCUGCUGAAAAAAAUGAAGAGAGAUGACGUAGGGGUAACCGUACACCAUGCCGUAAAAACACUGAAUCAUUUUGCACCACCUGCCUUUAAGCAGAUUGCAGUAGCGCUUGAUUUCAGCGGACACGAUGAAAAGCUGGUAGCCUUUGCACUGGGCCAGGGGCAGCCGGACAGCCGGUAUAUACUGCUGCACGUGGUAGAAAGCGCCAGCGCCAGGUUGCUGGGUGAUGCCGUGGCCGACCUGGAA